AUGUUAAAUAAUGAAAUCCAUAUAGGUAUAGAAAAUCAAAAUCAUAAUUAUUUUGAUGAUCUUGAAAAAAUGGAUACUUUAGCUAAACCCAUAACAAUUUCUAUGAUUAAAAUUCAAUAUACAAAAGAGCGUAUUUUAGGAAUCAAAAUAAAAUACAGAGGGAUGGAUGGGAAAACUAUUGUUGGUUAAAGUAGUAGAAAGUUUAAAGUAUUUGGAGUAUAUUUUGAGAAGUUUAAAAUAGAUAAAGGUAAAAAAAUAAAUAUUAUCAGGUGAUUGUAUACAAGAAAUCUAUGGGUAUGCAAAUACUACAAUUAAUUAACUUGGAUUCAAAACAUACAAAGGUCAGAAGGUUAUUUGUGGAUCACCUAUAGGUUCAGCAUUCUCUUACUAUAUACCAAAUCAUACUUUCAUUGCAGCGAAAGGAUCACACGAUUAAUUUUUAGAGUAUCUUAGCUUUAGAAUCAUCCCUUUAACAAAAGAGUAAAUUACACAAUUGGUAAACUAUAUAAAUAGGAUUAAUAGGUAGAGAAUCCUCAAACAAAUAAAGUAUAAUCUUUUUAAAAAUGA